AUGUCCCUGUCAUUGCUCCCUGCAAGCACAGGUGCCACUCCUGAGCCAUGGAACUUGGCUACAAGAGAGAGCAAUUUCAAGUCCUUGAAACCUGCUGCAAAUGAUAAAAACCAAUUUAAUAUCACAUUCAAAUAUGCAUGGGGGUCAGAUAAACAGGAUCCUGACCCCAAGAGUGUGAUGAUAGCAGGCUAUUGGGCAGUGGUGUUUUAUCAAGAGAAUCCUAAAGCUGGAAGGGAACCACUGGAGUUCAACUGGUCAAGCCCUCAGAGAUCAGGCUUUAAAAAGCUCAAUUUAAUGAGAGCCAUGGAGAGGGGUGUUGAGGGCCCGAAUUGCACCUUCCACCUGCAGGGCCCCAACGGCACGGUGGAGAGCCCCGGCUUCCCCUACGGGUACCCCAACUAUGCCAACUGUACCUGGACCAUCACCGCUGAGCAGCAGAACCGGAUCCAGUUGGUGUUCCAGGCCUUCGCCCUAGAGGAGGACUUCGAUGUGUUGUCAGUGUAUGACGGGUUGCCCCAACAGGGGACGCUGAGGACGAGGCUGACGGGUUUCCAGCUUCCGGCCCCCAUCGUCAGCACAGGCUCCACCCUCUCCCUGUGGCUCGUGAGUGACUAUGCUGUCAGCGCACAAGGCUUCCACGGCAGUUACGAAGUGCUCCCGAGCCACACCUGUGGGAACCCCGGGCGGCUGCCCAAUGGCGUCCAGCAAGGGGCAACAUUCAGCAUCGGAGACCAAGUCCGCUACAGCUGCAACCCUGGCUUCUUCCUGGAGGGGCACGCCGUGCUCACCUGCCAAGCUGGGUCGGAGAACAGCGCCCUGUGGAACUUCCCGCUCCCCACCUGCAGAGCGGAUGACGCCUGUGGUGGGACGCUGCGUGGGCAAAGCGGGAUCAUUGCCACCCCCCACUUUCCCUCCGAAUACAGCAACAAUGCCGACUGCACCUGGACUAUCCUCGCCGAGCUGGGGGACACCAUCGCCCUCGUCUUUGGCGACUUCCAACUCGAGGAUGGCUACGACUUCCUGGAAGUCACGGGGACAGAAGGCCCCUCCCUCUGGUUUACGGGAUCCAGCCUCCCCGCCCCAGUAAUCAGCAGUAAAAACUGGCUCCGGCUUCACUUCACUUCGGAUGGCAACCACCGACAGAAAGGGUUCAGUGCCCAAUACCAAGUCAAGAAGCAAAUCGAAUUGAAGUCCAGAGGUGUGAAGCUGAUGCCCAGCAAAGACAACAAUCAGAAGACAUCCGUAUUAACUCAGGUUGGUGUAACCCAGGGGCACAAUGUGUGCCCAGACCCCGGGAUCCCAGAACGGGGCAAAAGACUGGGCUCUGAUUUCAGGUUGGGGUCCAGCAUCCAGUUCACCUGCAAUGAGGGAUAUGACUUACAAGGCUCCAAAAGAAUCACCUGCAUGAAAGUGAGCGACAUGUUUGCGGCCUGGAGCGACCACAGGCCCGUCUGCAGAGCAAGGAUGUGUGACGCCCAUGUCAGGGGCCCAGCCGGCAUCAUCACGUCUCCCAACUUCCCCAUCCAGUAUGAUAACAAUGCCCACUGUGUGUGGGUCAUCACCGCGGUCAAUCCAGCCAAGGUCAUCAAGCUGACUUUUGAGGAAUUCGACUUGGAAAGAGGCUACGACACCCUCACGGUGGGAGACGGCGGCCAAGACGGCGACCAGAAGACGAUACUCUAUGUUUUGACCGGCACGACAGUCCCGGACCUGAUUGUCAGCACCAACCACCAGAUGUGGCUACUCUUCCAGACAGAUGGUUCCAGUGGCUCACUUGGCUUCAAGGCCUCCUAUGAAGAAAUUGAUCAAGGGAGCUGCGGAGACCCAGGAGUCCCUGCAUUCGGACGGAGGGAAGGGUCCCGGUUCCAUCACGGGGACACGCUGAAGUUUGAAUGCCAGCCCGCCUUCGAGCUGGUGGGCCAGAAAGCUAUUACCUGCCAAAAGAAUAAUCAGUGGUCUGCUAAGAAGCCAGGCUGCGUGUUCUCAUGCUUCUUCAACUUCACCUCACCCUCGGGCACGGUCCUGUCCCCCAACUACCCGGAGGAGUAUGGGAACCACCUACACUGCGUCUGGCUGAUCAUCGCCAAGCCCGAGAGCCGCGUCCACCUGGCCUUCAACGACAUCGAUGUGGAGCCCCAGUUUGACUUCCUAGCAGUCAAGGACGGUGGCUCACCUGAGUCCCCGGUCCUGGGGACCUUCUCUGGGAACCAGGUGCCUUCGGCGCUGACCAGCAGUGGCCACGUGGCCCGUCUUGAGUUCCAGACAGAUCACUCCACUGGGAAACGCGGUUUCAACAUUACUUUCACCACAUUCAGACACAACGAAUGUCCAGAUCCAGGGGUGCCUGUGAACGGCAAACGGUUUGGCGACAGCCUACAGCUGGGCAGCUCCAUCUCCUUCCUCUGCGACGAUGGCUUCAUCGGCACCCACGGGGCCGAGACCGUCACCUGCAUCUUGAAGGAGGGAAACGUGGUGUGGAACAAUGUGGUCCUGAGAUGCGAAGCUCCCUGUGGUGGUCACCUGACUUCAGCGAGUGGCACCAUCCUCUCUCCUGGCUGGCCAGGCUUCUACAAGGACUCCUUAAACUGCGUGUGGGUGAUCGAGGCCCAGCCUGGCUACCCCAUCAAGAUCACAUUUGACCGAUUUAAAACAGAAGUCAAUUACGACACAUUGGAAGUCCGAGAUGGUCGCUCCUACUCGUCCCCCCUGAUUGGCAUCUAUGACGGGACCCAGGUACCCCAGUUCCUGAUCAGCACCAGCAAUUACCUCUACCUCCUCUUCUCUACCGAUAAAAGCCACUCCGACAUCGGCUUUCAGAUCCGGUACGAAACUGUAACACUCCAGUCCGACCACUGCCUGGACCCUGGGAUCCCAGUCAAUGGGCAGCGUCAUGGCAAUGAUUUCUACGUCGGUGCCCUGGUGACAUUCAGCUGCGACCCUGGCUACACCCUGAGUGACAGCGAGGCCCUUGAGUGUGAACCCAACUUCCAGUGGAGCCGGGCCCUGCCCAGCUGUGAAGCUCUCUGCGGCGGAUACAUCCGAGCUUCCGGAGGGACCAUCUUGUCUCCAGGGUUUCCUGACUUCUACCCAAAUAACCUCAACUGCACGUGGGUGAUUGAAACAGCACACGGCAAAGGUGUCUUCUUCACUUUUCACACCUUUCACCUGGAGAGUGGCCAUGACUACCUGCUCAUCACAGAGAACGGCAGCUUCACCCAGCCCCUGAAGCAGCUCACUGGCUCCCGCCUCCCGGCCCCUGUUAGCGCAGGCCUCUACGGCAACUUCACCGCCCAGAUCCGCUUCGUCUCUGACUUCUCCAUGUCCUACGAGGGAUUCAACAUCACCUUCUCAGAGUAUGACCUAGAGCCCUGCGAGGAGCCCGAGGUGCCGGCCUACAGCAUCCGGAAGGGCCUUCAUUUUGGCGUAGGCGACGUCCUCACAUUCUCCUGCUUCCCUGGCUACCGGCUGGAAGGGGUGGCUCGCAUCACGUGCCUGGGAGGGAGGCGGCGGGUGUGGAGUUCGAAUCUGCCAAGGUGUGUUGCUGACUGUGGCUCAUCCGUGAGCGGCACCCACGGGGUCCUGUUGUCCCCCAACUUCCCAGCCAACUACAACAAUGGCCACGAGUGCAUCUACUCCAUCCAGACCCAGCCUGGGAAGGGCAUCCGACUGACUGCCAAGACUUUCCACCUCCAACAGGGUGACGUCCUGAAGGUGUACGACGGGAGCAACAAUUCAGCACGCCUCCUGGGGAUAUUCACUGGCUCGGAGCUGCUGGGUCUCACAUUGAACAGCACCUCCAGCAGUCUGUGGCUCGACUUCAUCACUGACACCGACAACACCAGCCAGGGCUUCCAGCUGCAGUUUGUCAGUUUCGAACUCAUCAAGUGUGAGGACCCCGGCAUCCCUCAGUUUGGCUACAAGGUCCAUGAUGGAGGUCACUUGGCCGGAAGCUCGGUAUCUUUCAGCUGCGACCCCGGAUACAGCCUGCGCGGGAGCAGGGAGCUGGUCUGCCUGACUGGAGAGCGCAGAGCCUGGGACAAGCCACUCCCUGUCUGUGCAGCCGAGUGCGGGGGCACUGUGAGAGGCGAGUCACUGGGGAAGAUCUUGUCACCCGGUUACCCGAGCCCCUAUGACCACAACCUCAACUGCGUCUGGACCAUCGAGGCCGAGGCUGGUUGUACAAUCAGGCUCCAUUUCCUGGUCUUCGACACGGAGGAAGUCCACGAUGUGUUGAGGAUCUGGGACGGCCCGGUGGAAAGCGGAAUCGUGUUACGAGAGAUGAGCGGCUCUGUGCUGCCAGGAGACGUUCACAGCACUUACAACUCGGUCAUCCUGCAGUUCAGCACGGACUUCUUCACCAGCAAGCAGGGCUUCGCCAUCCAGUUCUCAGUGUCCACAGCGACUUCCUGCAAUGACCCCGGGAUCCCCCAGAAUGGAAGCCGGAGUGGGGACAGCCGGCAGGCGGGAGACUCCAUCGUAUUCCAGUGUGACCCGGGCUACGCGCUUCAGGGAGAAGCCACCGUCCACUGUGUGAAAAUCGAAAACAGGUUCUUCUGGCAGCCUGACCCCCCCACGUGCAUAGCUCCCUGUGGUGGAGACCUGGCAGGUCCCUCUGGGGUCAUUCUGUCACCCCACUAUCCCGAGCCCUACCCGCCGGGCAAGGAGUGUGAUUGGAGAGUGACUGUGUCCCCGGACUAUGUCAUCGCCCUGGUGUUCAACACCUUCAGCCUGGAGCCGGGCUAUGACUUUCUGCACAUCUAUGAUGGUCUGGACUCCCUCAGCCCCCUCAUCGGCAGCUUCUAUGGCGCCCAACUGCCCGACCGCAUCGAGAGUAGCAGCAACAGCCUCUUCUUGGCCUUCCGCAGUGAUGCGUCUGUGAGCAAUGCCGGCUUCGUCAUCGAAUACACAGAAAACCCUAGGGAGUCUUGUUUUGACCUGGGGAUGAUUAAAAAUGGCACACGGACGGGAACCGACUUGAAGCUGGGGUCUACCAUCACCUACUAUUGCAACAGCGGCUACAAGAUUGAGGGCUCAUCCACACUGACCUGCAUCAUGGGCGGAGACGGGAAGCCUGUGUGGAACAAGCCUCGGCCGACAUGUACAGCUCCCUGCGGGGGACAAUACACCGGCUCCGACGGGGUGGUCCUGUCCCCGAGCUAUCCGCGGAACUACACCAGCGGACAGGUCUGCCUGUACUUUGUGGCCGUGCCGAAGGACUACGUGGUGUUCGGACAGUUCGCCUUCUUCCAUACGGCCCUCAACGAUGUGGUGGAAGUUCACGAUGGGCACAACCAGCACUCCCGCCUCCUCAGCUCCCUCUCCGGCUCCCACACAGGGGAAUCGCUCCCUCUGGCCACGUCCAACCAGGUCUUGAUUAAAUUCAGUGCUAAAGGACAGACCACCGCCAAGGGCUUCCACUUUGUCUACCAAGCGGUGCCACGCACCAGCGCCACACAGUGCAGCUCGGUCCCUGAGCCCCGCUAUGGCAGGAGGCUCGGCAGCGAUUUCUCCGUGGGGGCGGUGGUCCGCUUUGAAUGCAGCGCAGGUUAUGCCCUGAGGGGAUCCACAUCCAUCGAGUGCCUCUCCGUGCCAGGAGCCUUAGCACAGUGGAACGUCUCCGUGCCAACAUGUACAGUGCCUUGUGGAGGAAACCUGACGGAGCGGAAGGGGACAAUUCUCUCCCCGGGCUUCCCAGAGCCGUACCUUAACAGCCUCAACUGCGUCUGGAAGAUCACAGUCCCAGAGGGGGCCGGUAUCCAGAUUCAAGUGAUCAGCUUUGUCACCGAGCAGAACUGGGACUCUCUGGAGGUGUUUGAUGGGGGAGACAACACGGUGACCAUGCUGGGGAGCUUCUCAGGGACCACAGUGCCUGCCCUGCUAAACAGUACCUCCAACCAUCUCUACCUGCAUUUCUACUCCGAUAUCAGUGUGUCCGCUGCUGGCUUCCAUCUGGAGUACAAGACCGUUGGCCUGUCCAGCUGCCCGGAGCCCACUGUGCCCAGCAGUGGCAUGAAGCUCGGAGAGCGCUACUUGGUCAACGAUGUGGUCUCCUUCCAAUGUGAGCCAGGCUACGCACUCCAGGGCCAUUCGCACAUAUCCUGCAUGCCAGGGACUGUGAGGCGAUGGAACUACCCUCCUCCUCUCUGCAUCGCUCAGUGUGGUGGAACUGUUGAGGAGAUGGAGGGAGUUAUCUUGAGCCCGGGAUUUCCUGGAAACUACCCCAGCAACAUGGACUGCUCAUGGAGAAUCUCUCUGCCUGUGGGUUUUGGGGCUCACAUCCAGUUCGUGAACUUCUCCAGCGAGGCCAACCAUGACUUCCUGGAGAUCCGGAACGGGCCCUACGACACCAGCCACGUGAUCGGAAGGUUCAGCGGGGACACGCUGCCUGGCUCCCUUCUCUCCACCUCCCAUGAGACCACGCUGUACUUCCACAGUGACCACAGCCAGAACCGACCGGGCUUCAAGCUGGAAUACCAAGCAUAUGAGCUUCAAGAGUGUCCUGAUCCGGAACCUUUUGCCAACGGCAUUGUGAGAGGGGCUGGGUAUAACGUCGGGCAGUCUGUGACCUUUGAGUGCCUCCCUGGCUACCAGCUGAUUGGCCACCCGGUGCUCACCUGCCAGCAUGGUACCAAUCGGAACUGGGAUCACCUUUUCCCCAGGUGUGAAGUCCCAUGCGGAGGGAACAUCACCAGCCAGGACGGCACCAUCUACUCCCCCGGCUUCCCCAGCCCGUACCCCAACUCCCAGGACUGCAAGUGGCUCAUCACCUUGCCGACGGGGUACGGGAUCCACCUCAACUUCAGCCUGCUGCAGACGGGGCCCCUGACAGACUCCAUCACUGUCUGGGAUGGACCCCUAGAGACUUCCACCCGGCUGGGUGAGUUCCGGAGAGGCUCAGCCAGGAGAACGGCCCAGAGCUCUUCCAACCACCUCCUGCUGCGAUUCCACAGUGACACGGAAAACGGGGGGAUUUUUGCCAUCACCUUUGCUGCUUAUCAACUCUCCAAAUGUCGCCCUCCGACCAUCCUCCCCAAUGCUGAAGUUGUCACGGAGAAUGAAGAAUUCAACAUAGGUGACAUUGUGAGGUACAGGUGUCUCCCCGGGUUUUCCCUGGUGGGCAGCGAAAUCCUGACCUGCAGGCUUGGUGCCCACCUCCAGUUUGAAGGACCUCCUCCCACCUGCGAAGUCCGCUGCCCCAUGAACGAGUUACUGACGGACUCCACGGGUGUGAUCCUGAGCCAGGGAUACCCAGGAAGCUACCCACAGUUCCAGGCAUGUUCCUGGGUGGUGAGGGUGGAGGACGGCUUCAACGUCACACUCACCGUAGAAUACUUCCUCAGCGAGAAACAGUAUGACGAGUUUGAGAUAUUUGACGGACCCUCAGGCCAAAGCCCACUGCUGAUAGCCCUGAGUGGGAACUACUCUGCUCCCCUGACCGUCACCAGUUCAGGGAAUGGGGUUUUCCUCCGCUGGUCAUCCGAUCACGCCUAUAACCGGAAGGGCUUUAAGAUCCGCUACUCAGCUCCUUACUGCAGCCUCCCGGCAGCCCCCCUCCACGGCUCCGUCCUGGGCCAGUCCACCAACCUUCUGGGAGGCAUCGUCCACUUCAGCUGCAACCUGGGACACCGCCUGGUGGGACACAGCAUGGCCACCUGCAUCCGGCACCCCCAGGGCUACUACCUGUGGAACACAGCUACACCCCUCUGCCAAGCCAUCUCCUGCGGCAUUCCCAGAGCCCCCAAGAACGGAAUUGUCUUUGGCAGAGAGUACACCGUGGGGACCAAGGCCGAGUACCACUGCAACAAGGGCUUCCAUCUCCCGGUGGGGGAAGACUCUUCGUCUGAAUGCCUGCAGUCGGGGCGGUGGAGCAAUGGCAAUUCCCCACCCCCGUGCGUGGCAGUGAGCUGCCCGGACAUCAGCAGCAUCUCGGUGGAGCACGGCCGCUGGCGACUGACCUUCGAGGUCCAGUACCAGUUCAAUGCCCAGCUCUUGCUCAUCUGUGACCCUGGCUACUACUACACUGGCCAGAGGGUCGUCCGCUGCCAGGCCGACGGCAAGUGGAGCAUUGGAGACUCGAUGCCAACGUGCCAGAUAAUCUCCUGUGGAGAUCUCCCAACGCCCCCAAGUGGGAGCCGCAUAGGGACCCUGGCGGUCUACGGGGCCACCGCCAUCUUCGCCUGCAACUCUGGCUACACCCUGGUGGGCUCCCGUGUGCGCGAGUGUCUGGCCAACGGGCUGUGGAGUGGCACGGACGUGAAAUGCCUGGCUGGUCACUGUGGAACCCCUGACCCAAUCGUCAACGGGCAAGUCAGCGGCGAGAACUACAACUACCGGGGCAGCGUGGUGUACCAGUGUCACCCCGGCUUCCGCCUGAUCGGGAUGUCGGUGCGCAUCUGUCAGCAGGACCACCAGUGGUCUGGCCGGACCCCUGUCUGUGUGCCCAUCACCUGCGGUCACCCAGGCAACCCAGCCCACGGCUUCACCCAGGGGACCCAGUUCAACCUCAACGACAUGGUCAAGUUCGCCUGCAACACUGGCUAUGUGGCAGAAGGGGCUGCCCAGGCACAGUGCCUGGCCAAUGGCCAGUGGAGUAACGCACUGCCCAUCUGCAGGGUCGUCAACUGUACAGACCCCGGCCACCGAGAGCACAGCGUCCGCCAAGUCCAGCCCAGCGGGGCUCCCCAGUUCAGCUUUGGAAGCACCGUAUCAUACCAGUGCAGCCACGGAUACCACCUCCUGGGGACUCAUGUCCUGUCCUGCCAGGGAGACGGUACCUGGGACCGGUCCCUGCCCCAGUGCCUCUUGGUGUCGUGUGGCCACCCGGGCUCCCCACCUCAUUCCCAGAUCUUGGGGGACAGCUACACUGUGGGCUCCGUCGUACGGUACAGCUGUGUCGGAAAGAGACGACUCAUGGGGAACGUCACCCGCGUGUGCCAGCUGGAUGGGCACUGGAGCGGCUCCCUUCCUCAUUGUGCAGGGAGCAGUGCAGGAGUCUGUGGAGACCCAGGAAUCCCAUCCCAUGGAAUCCGUUUGGGGGACAAGUUCAGCAUGGACAGCGUCGUGCGCUUCAGCUGUGAGCCAGGCUUUGCCCUGCGUGGGUCGUCAGAAAGGACGUGCCGCCCAAAUGGCUCGUGGAAUGGCACACAGCCUGAGUGUGGAGUUAUCUCAUGUGGCAACCCGGGGACACCCCGCAACGCCCGAGUCGUGUUCAGCGAUGGCUUGGUCUUCUCCAGCUCCAUCACGUAUGAGUGCCGGGAGGGCUAUUAUUCCACUGGCCUGCUAAGCCGCCACUGUACAGUCAACGGGACCUGGACAGGGAGUGCCCCCGAGUGUUCCGUCAUAAACUGCGGGGAUCCCGGGGUUCCUGCCAAUGGCAUCAGGCUGGGAAGCGAUUUCACUUACAACAAAACCGUGACGUACCAGUGUGUCCCAGGGCACACGAUGGAGACUGUCAGGGCUGCCUCGCUCAGCUGUACCAAAGACAGGACCUGGAACGGCACCAAGCCAGUCUGUAAAGCGAUCCUGUGCAAAACACCCCAAGCAGUGCCCAACGGCAGAGUGGUGGGCUCCGACUACCGCUGGGGAUCGAGCAUCAGCUACGCCUGUGUGGAAGGCUACCAGCUCUCGCUGCCGGCCAUUCUGACCUGCGAGGGGAAUGGGACCUGGAGCGGGGAGCUUCCGCAGUGUUUCCCUGUGUUUUGCGGGGACCCGGGGAUCCCACCCCAAGGGAAGAGGGAGGACCGAGGCUUCUCGUACAGAUCAUCCGUCUCCUACUCCUGCCUGCCCCCCCUGGUUCUGGUGGGCUCUUCCCGGAGAUUCUGCCAGUCGGAUGGUGUGUGGAGUGGCAGCCAGCCCAGCUGCAUAGACCCGACCCUCACCAUGUGUGCCGAUCCCGGCGUGCCACAGUUUGGGAGUCAGAACAAUUCCCAAGGUUUCCAGGUCGGAAGCCUGCUGUUCUUCAAGUGUCAGAAAGGUUACCUGCUGCAGGGAUCCACCACCAGGACCUGCCUCCCCAACCUCACCUGGAGUGGGGUCCAGCCAGACUGUGUCCCUCACCACUGCAAGCAGCCGGAGACACCGCCCCAUGCCAACGUGGGGGCCCUGGACCUGCCGUCCAUGGGUUACACACUGAUCUACUCCUGCCAGCCCGGCUUCUUGCUUAAGGGGGGUUCAGAGCACAGAACCUGCAAGGCGGAUGGCAGCUGGACAGGCAAACCGCCCGUCUGCCUGGCCGAAGUCCGGCCCAGCGGACGACCGGUCAGCACUGCCCGAGAGCCACCCAUCACCAGGAUGUCAGUGCCCAGUGACGUGUUUGCGAGGGACUCUUUGUGGAAAGGCUCCUACGAGUACCUGGGCAAAAAGCAGCCAGCCAUGCUCCGGGUGACUGGCUUCCAGCCGGCCGCCAGCAUGGUCAACGCCACUGUCAUCGACCGCAGCGGCGUGGAGCUGCUGGUCUCAGGUGUGUACAAGAAGGAAGAUUCCCAUCUCCUCCUGCAGGUCUACCAGAUCACAGGGCCCGUGGAGAUCUUUGUGAACAAGUUCAAGGAUGACAAGUGGGCUCUAGACGGGCACGUCUCACUGGAGUCUUCCAGUGGAACAUUCGUUUACCAGGGCUUUGUCCGUGGCAAGGGCUUUGGGCAGUUUGGCCUCCAGAGACUCGACCUCGAACUCCUGGAAAAUGACCCAGAGUCUAUAGGGCAUCACUUCGCGUCCAACAGCAGUUCCGUUGCUGCCGCCAUCCUCGUGCCUUUCAUUGCCCUCAUUAUUGCAGGGUUCGUGCUUUACCUGUACAAGCACAGGAGGAGACCCAAAGUCCCAUUUAAUGGCUAUGCUGGCCACGAGAACACAGGCGUCAGGGCAACAUUCGAAAAUCCCAUGUACGACCGCAACCUCCAGCAGACAGACAUCGUGGCCAGUGAGCCGGAGUUUGCCGUCAGCACCGUGUGCACGGCCGUAUAACCCCGGGCCCAUCAGCGUGGGGUCAGAGGCCGGGUCCGUGGCCCAGGUCAGUGCAGCCGGGAUGGCUCCAAGGGCAAGAGUGAGCUCGGCUCCCCACCGCGGUGACAGCACAUGCGGACCGUCUGCGGACCCUAGGGAACAAAGGACUCCCGAUCCAGCUCGAACCUGGCAGGGGGGAUGGAGUCAGGUUCCCCCAUAGGCCUGGGGCCACCCCUCGAGGCUCCGGCUUCAACUUGCUACUUUCACCUGCGAAAGAGAAGGGGAGAGCACCCGCCAACCCAUCAACCUCCAACCAGCCUCUCCAAACCCCAGCCCGAUCACCAGGCCCCGACACCAUGACCUGGGAGGCCCCCACAGGCCAAACUGAACCAUCAAACGUAAGGUUAUUAGACCUGCCGGCGUGGGACCGUUCCUCUUCAUUUCCCCAAUAGGAGAAGCAGCUGUUUGUAGAGAGCCAAUCAGUGAAGGGCAUCUACUGGGUGCCAAACACUGGGCUAAACAUUCGGCAGAUAUGACGGUAGGAAGAUGAGGGUCCUCUGCCCUCCAGGAGCUUACAAUAAUCGAAAGAGGAGCUCAAACCAGUCCUGUUGGCAUCGGCCCCAGAAUGGCGCAUGGAUCCUUGGUCUACACCUGCAGAGUAUCUGGACAACUGAGGCCUAAAUACAUAUUUUAUCCUGAAUCAUC